AUGGAGGGACUCUUUACUCUGCUCGCUCUGAGCAUUGUGAUGGCAAUUACGUCAUUUGUCGUCGGCUCAUUACCUCUCGCCUUUACCCUCUCCCCCUCACAGUUGCGCUUGAUUUCCUCGAUUGGAAUGGGCGUGCUGGUGGGGACAUCUCUGAUUGUGAUUAUUCCCGAGGGUAUCGAGACUCUCUACAGCGCCAAUGCCCGCAGUCGCAAACAACUCCACACCCGCGAAACGAACGUGAACUGGCAAUACCAGGCACCGACCGUGGCCACAUUCGGCUCCAGCGAAAACAGCGCCUCAAACGUAGCGACUACCCCUGUCCCAAGCCUACUUCUGGAAAGAGACCAAGUCUCCGAGUCGCAAACACUCUACGUUCGGAAGGACGACUCUACGAGCGACAAGUCGGAUGAGGAUACCCAUGAAGAUGAGGAGAACUCCCCCCAUGCAUGGAUUGGAAUCGCCCUCAUCAGUGGAUUCAUUUUGAUGUACCUCGUCGACAAGCUCCCCGAAUUCGCUGCCCCUACCAAGAUCGACCGCACGCCCUACCAUAUCUCCCUUGAUAACCUCGGGUCUGGACUACGACGGGGCUCAUCCCCUUCGCGCGAGGGCGGCUUAUUGGAAACAAACCAUUCUCGCCGCGGACACAGCUUUGCGACCACGACCGGUCUGGUGAUCCAUGCUGCAGCCGAUGGUAUCGCUCUUGGGGCUUCUAGCUCCGAUACCGGGUUGAGUUUCAUUAUCUUCUUGGCGAUCAUGGUACAUAAAGCGCCCGCAUCGUUCGGACUGACAUCUAUCCUGCUCAAGCAGGGACUGUCAAGCCGCACUGCCAGGGCGCAUUUGCUGGUAUUCAGUCUUGCGGCUCCUCUGGGUGCCUUGGCCACAUUCCUGUUUGUACAGAUGAUGGGAUCUUCCAGCGCUGAUGAGGCGGGUACUCUUUGGCGGACUGGAAUGCUCCUGCUUUUCUCCGGUGGUACUUUCUUGUAUGUUGCGAUGCACACGAUGCAAGAGAAUGGCCCCGGAUCGUCGCCGCGUGAACUACCUGUCAACGGAUACGGUGACCGAGACCAGAACGGCUCGGACAAGUCUAUGAGAGACCUGAUCGCGUCUGUGUUGGGUAUGAUUCUGCCCCUGUUCUUGCAGUUGGGGCAUGCUCAUUGA